UCACGUGGAUUCUCCAACCACGCACGACGCCAUAUUGGACGAUUCAUGGAACUGGCACUGGAAGGAAGAAAAAAUGUUUCUUUAUAACGUCAGCAUAUGUGUUUAAUAUAACGAUAUACAUACAGAUGUUACCAUGAUUAAUAUCCAGCUACAUCAGAGGCUGUAAGUUGAAGAUACUCCUUUGGUUCUGGAUCACAAAAGAGCUUCCCUACAACCAUGGCUUGCAUACACUUCAAGUUCAAGAACAGUCUUGACUAUGACUCUGUUACCUUCGAUGGACUCCAUAUUUCUCUUGGGGACCUGAAGAAGGCUAUCAUGCAGAGGAAAAGACUUAAGGACACCGAUGUUGAUCUUCACAUUGUCAAUGCCAUUACGAAGAAAGCAUACCAGGAGACAGAAGAGAUGAUUCCGAAGAAUACCUCGGUGAUCGUCUCCAGAAUCCCUUUGGCCAAUGCUGUAAAGCCCAGUGGCCCGAAGACAUUAAAUGCUUACCCCAAGGAUGAACCAAGAUCAAAACCAGCCGCCCCAAUGCCAGAAGUUGGAGCCCAAGAGCGUCAAAAUCAGUCUGUGGAUCUUGUCAACGCUAACAUCUCGGAGGAAGAUAAGAUAAAGGCCAUGAUGUACCAAUCCACUAAAGACUUUGACCCCACAAACUACAUGAAGUCCAAGUACCCUGCAGGAAAGCCCUCUACUUCCUACCUCUGCUUCAAGUGCGGCAAGCCUGGCCACUACAUCCACAACUGUCCAAAUAAACCAGAAGUUGACCCAGAGGAUCCUACAGCCAAACCGCAGGAAGUAGUCAACACAAGUCGAAUCAAACGCUCCACGGGUAUCCCGACAAGUUUUCUUACGCCCUGUAAUGACAAACAUUCACCCGGAGCUCUCCUGAUGUCGACAGGACAGUACGCUGUCCCCAUCAUUGACAAAGAGGCAUUCCAGAAGGGCAAGAAGGAGAGGCCGCCGUUCAUGCCCUUGCCAUCGGUAGAGAAACAGGAGGAAUCCCCCGUACCAAACGAGCUCAUCUGUCCACUGUGUCACGACCUCCUGAAGGAAGCGGUUGUGAUUCCUUGCUGCGGUAACAGUUACUGUGAUGAAUGUAUCCGUGAUGCACUGUUAGAGGACGAUAACCAUUGCUGUCCAUCCUGCAAUGAGAUGGACUCCUCACCAGAUAAACUCAUCGCCAAUAAGUUCCUGCGGACAGCGGUUACCAAUUUCCACAACGAGACAGGGUACACAACUGUUAAGAGGAGACACAUGGAGGCCAAAAUGGAGCAGUUAAAACAACAGCAGCAGCGAGAACAUCAUUUUAAAGAACAACAGAAGCAACGUGAGCUACAGAAGAAGCAACAGGAGGAACAAAGGGCUAACAAAACAAGGUCAAGGAUGGAGUCACCUCCACCUCCACCUCCUCCCCGCUCAGACCCAACUCCCUGUAUUACAGUGAAAACCUCACCAGAGGGACCCCAAAACUCCAGUAAACCUAUCACCCCCACCACGUUGACGCCAGUCAAGGAUGAGAGAGAACCGCCGUGGCCAACAGACGACCAGCCCAAGACCGUGCCAGUGAUUGGACAGAAGGUUCCCAGUAAUCCAAACAGAAACACCCCACCACCCUCAGCUGGACCUAUAACUGUUCAUGCCUCUGGACCGCCAUCUCAUGUCAGAGGGCCUGCAAAUUCAGAGAGUGGGUUGCACCCAAGCAUUCCUGCUACUCCUAAUUUUCGACAUCCUGCCAUACCCAAUGGACCAGUGAGGCACCCUCCAACUUUCCCACCUCCAGGCAUCGCCCCUUCACAAGUGCCUGUACUAAAUACAGCUUUACCUCCCCCGCGUCUACCCAUACCGUCAGGGAUGCCACCAUAUCCUCCCCAUCCUGGGGUACCUGGGAGCGCACCCCUGCCAUUUCCACCGCCAAGAGGCCCUUUUCCUUUACCCAUGGUUGGACCACAGCCAAUGACCAAGGAGGAAUUUUACAGAACAAAACAGGAGAUGUUGAGAGACGACUUGAACCCCGAGGUCAUGGUUGAUUACCGUUUGAAGUUGAUGGAGUACAGACUUAAUCAGAGGAAGCGACGCUCCAUAUCAAGGUCGCUGUCACCAAGAAGAUCCCGCUCAAGGAGCAGGAGUCGCAGUCGAUCAAGAUACAGAUCAAAGACCCCACCCUUACGAAGAAAAACAAGAUCUAGAACCCGCUCAAGGACCCGUACUAGAUCUCGUUCAAGGCUGAAGUACUCGCGCAGUCCACCCCCUCGUCGCAUUCGAUCAAGAACUCGUUCAAGAUCAAGGUCAAGAUUAAGGUCUAGGACACGUUCAAGAUCACGUUCCAUUUCCAAGCCAAGAAGAUUACGGUCCCGAACACGAUCUAGAUCCAGAUACCGUUCCAAGACACCUAUUAGAUACCGAACUAGGAGUAGGUCAAGGUCGUGGUCACGACCUCCGCCUCCAAAAUAUCGGGCAAGAUCAAGAAGUCUAACACCGAGGCGAAGAUCACGUACACGUUCACGUACAAGGUCGCCCCUACCAAGAUAUAAUAGCUGGUCCAAAUCACGUUCUCGCAGCCCAAAGUACAAGCGCAGCUCUCCAGGUUACCUUCCUCCCCGAAGGUCAAGGUCACCACCGCCUCGCUUUCAGCGAUCUCCCCCACCAUAUUAUAGGGAUGACUUCUAUAGACCGCCAUCUGGUAACUGGUCCCCACCCCCCAAGGGCUUCAGAUCUCCACCCCAGGGAAGGCAAGGCUUUUCUCCACCAAGGUACCCAGGUCAACCCCCACCUUACUAUGGUCAGCGACCAGAGGAUCCCUAUAGAGCCUAUGAGCAGUAUUACAUAGACUUUUAUGGAUACCCACCACCACUACCCCCACCCCCAGGGUCAGGGCCAGGGCCAAGGCCAGGACCAGGACCAGGGCCAGGGCCAAGGCCAGGACCAGGGCCAAGGCCAGGACCAGGGCCAGGACCAGGGCCAGGACUAGGGCCAGGGCCAGGGCAGUAUGACAUUCCCUACUAUAACAAGCAACCGUACAGACCACGAUCUAAGUCACCCAGGGGCCGUAUGGAAUCGAGAGGCAGAUCCCCAAGGGGUAGGGGUCAAGGCAGAGGUCAGUCAGAUAGACCUGGACCAAAAUGGGACAACAGUAAACCUGGCAAAAACGACAGCAAGCAAGAAACUAAAAAUAAAGAUGAAAAGGAAGAUAAAAAGAAAGUACAGAAAAGAUCUCAAGAAAAAUCCAAAACACACAAGGAUCAGGAGGACAAAAAGGCCAAGAAUAAAACUACGGACACCAAGAAAGAAAAAACAGUUAAAAGUAAAAAGACAAAGGAGGUUGGGCAGAAAAUAGAGGUGGUGACAGGUGUUAAAAAAUCAUCUGGUGUAGGGUUAGCAACCAUGGCAAAGAAAUCCAUACCAUCAAAGGGGGUCGCAAAUGUGGCGAAAAAAUCCCAGCUGGAAAAGAGCGAUGAAAAAAUAAAUAAAAAAUCUCAUCGAGAGAAAAUUUCAGAGACGGGUAGUCGGAAAUCGCAACCAGAAAAAAGAGAAGAAGCUACUGCAAAAAAACCAUACAGAGACAAGGUGGAAGAUAAGGAAAAGGUGAAGUCUUCAUCUCAAGAACCACAAAUCAAUAAAGAAAAUAAAAUUCCCGCAAAGAAAAAGAUCAAACCCAAACAGAAGGAUAAAAGUGAGGACGAUUCGGAACAGGAAGUGGGAAAUAUUUCAAAACGAAAAAUGUUAAAAAAGAUUGAGAUAAAACAAGAACCAAGAGAUGAUUCAGAUUUUGAAAAUCCUGUGGGAAAAGUUAGUGUAAAAAAGGAGAGGGGAAGACUUCCUGAGGAUGGAGAGGAACCACCAAAACGAAUAAAAAAAGAAAAAUUCAAAGAGUCUGAAGAGAAAGAGUUGGGUGAUGAUGAACCUCCUAAACGAGUCAGGAAGGAAAAAUCUGAUGCUCACAGACAACAUCAAAAGGAGAAGCCACAUAUAAAAAGAUCUAAGGUGAAAAAUUCAGAGUCUGAUGCUACACAAAGUGAUUCUGCCCCCGAAGGUGAAAAGAUUCGCCGUAAAAUAAAAACAAAAAGGGUAUCAGAGAUAGAGAAAAAGGGAAAUGAGGUUGUAGAGGAGGAAGAGAGCCCGGCUAAGAGGCGAAAGAUCGAUCAUGAACAGGAACCAGACUACGAAAAAUCAAACAAAUCUGAUAAACAGAGACAUAAAGAAAUCAAGGAAAACAAACUUGUAUCCAAGUCAGACAGUAAGAAAUCAAGGAUUUCACGGGAGGAUUCCUCAGAACGAAAGUCAUCAGUGUCCAGGGAGGAAGGGUCGAAAUCCCCUUCGGAAAGUAAAAAAUCUCGCAGAGCUCGGGACAGUCAGUUGGAAGACAAAGCAGCAAAGGAAGGAGGGAAAUCCCGAGGAUCCCACAAGGAUCAACAAACAUCUAAAGUUGAAAGUGUCAAAUCUCGAAUAUCACGAGAGGAUCAUCCUGGCCCAAAGUCUGUUGUUGAAAGCAAACUGCGCAGGUCGAGGGAGGAGGAACUCAUGCUGUCGCCCCCCGAACUGUCUAAGUGGGAGAGAGAGGACUACUUGAGUGACCGUUCUCCUGAACCGAGGAGAAGACAUAAACAUCAACAUGAGAAACAGUCAUUACCAAGGUCGGUCAUAGAAAGUGCAGAAAAGGCCAUAUCUCAAAAACAGGUGAAGAGCAUGGUAGCAUCUGCUGUGGUACUGUCCCCUCCUAACAAAAAUCCUCGUCGAGUGUUUGUGGAUAGAGACAGGGAGGAGGCAACCUCACGCGACAGGGAGAGGGACAACAGUCGUCGCGAUGACGGCAAGCCUGAUGAGAGUCGACGAGAGGACAACAGAAAAGUUCUGAGCAGGCAGAGGUCAAUGCAGAUCACGAUAUCUGCACCGGAUAAACGCAAGUUCUCAGAAUCUGAGGACUUGCGGGAAAAGCUUGCUAGCUCUGAGGACCUGAGAGAAAAGCCCCGAGAGGAUUUACGAGAGAAACUUUCUAAUAGGAAAGUCAGCAGAUACAAGGAAGAAAAGGAGGGUACACUGAGAUCACUCAAGGAUGAUUCUCGUAAGGAGGAAAGUGUCUCUGGUGGUGGUAAGGGCAGUAAGCAUCAUGAGGAUAGGAGAGAUGUUGAACGCUCCAAUGUGGAGAAGGUCUAUCACAAGGAAUCGGACAAUAAGAAACAUCACAGCAGUAAGUCCGCUCCCUCUGCCAGUCAGAAGGUGUCAAAGGAGAAAACACCCAAGCUGGAGAUUAAGAAAGAAGAAGAAACUAAGCCAGAGGAAUCGUCUAAAAUCAAGUACAGAAAGGAGUCGUUGAUUGAUGAGGCUACGUUUGAGCCUGAUUAUAAUGAGGAAAGCUCAGCAGAAGAGGAAGUUGAGAAGAAUGAUAAGGCUAAGGCAAGUUCUGCAGAGGAGGGAGAGGCUGAUGACGACGAUGAAGAGGAUGAGGAAGAGGAGGAUGGUGAUACAAAAUCCAAAAAACACAAACACAAAAAAGGCAAGCACAAAAAGAACAAGAAACACAAACAUAAACACAAGAAAAAGAAACACAAAAAGAACAAGGAGGAGAAAGAAUCCCAGGACAAGGAGUGAAUGCGGGCAUUACAGAAUUCUGAUAUUAGUGUGAAUGGUCAUGUGUGUGACGAGUGUGAAUUGUGUUAAGUUUGGUGCUUAAUAUAAAGGCCAGACCAAGUUUAAUUUUCAUUGUUUGAAUAUUGCUAGAAAAUAUUGGAACAGGUAAACAAUUUAAAAAUUUGAUUUUUGCUUCAAAACAAAUUCAAGUGAAGAUCGUGCAAACAUUUUGGAUGUUUAUCUGAAUUUCCACGUCUACUUCAUAUAAUGCUAUGCUUGUGGAACUCCUUUUCAGCUUUCUUAUAAUAAGUUAUAUUGAAUACCUUAGUGCACCUUUCCCCCUUGCUAACAAAUAUGUGAAUAUAAGGAAAUAUGAUCACAAAGCAUAAAUGCAAGGGAAAGGAGACAAAUAUUCAUUGAAAAUAUUUUCUAGGAAUCCAAAAAUCGAAAAAUUUAUUUUGCUGUAGUGUAUAAAACAUGUAAAUGUGCUAUACAGGAAUGUCAUAGAUAAGUGAAACGUAUUCAAACGAAAUGAUAAGAAAAUUGUGAUAAGAUGUUGCCGUGUUUCUUCCAGCACUAGCUUUUUCCCCCGAUAUCAAAGUAUGUGUGUGGUAAACUUGUCAGUGAGUAGCUGUUUUUGAUGGGACUGCCUUUGUGUGGAGGGAGACAGAGUGAAGGGAAAAGAAACUUCACCGAGACAAUCUUUGUCGCCAUUAAACAGAGGUCUUUUUUGAGAGAAUGAGAGUGUGCCCUUACUGCAAGUAUAUUGAGUGUUAAGUAUAUGUAUUAUGUGUUGAAAGGUUUUAUGAUAAAAUGCUAGGUGAUUUAGAAGUGCUAUUUUUUUGUAUUUAAACAAAUGACUUGUGAAGUUGUUCAGAUUAAACCAUGCAUCCAAUGUCUGCUAUUCCCACCUUUUUUCAAGUAAACUGGACAAACUUGCGUCUGUGAAAAUGCUAUGCCUGCUGGUCAAAUCCAUGUGAUUGGGAUGGAGAGUUUGUUAACUCUAGUCAUGAAGCUCUGACAGAGUGCCUGCAUUUAGAACUCAGUUAUUGUUAUUUUUAUAUCAUUAGCAUAUAUAGGAUCUUACAUGAGUUUCCAUUUCAUAUGAGAUUCAUGAAACAAGUCUUAGAAUUUUUCAAUUUAGCGAGCCUAUGGCACUUAUGGUACUUACAUGUUUAAAUAUUUUUAUCAAGAAUUUUCCCACAGAUUUUUAGCUUCAAAGUACUUUGUCCUGAGUUUUAGUUUCAGAAUGGGGCAUUUAAUGGAGGCCAGAAUAUCAUUAGAACAUUUGGUAUAUGGUAACAUCAAAGGGGAGUUAACUGGUUUUACAGAUUAAAUGCAACAUUGAGUCUCGUGAGACUGUUUCUGGAGCAUUUCUUUCAUACUUUUUGAUAAAUACAAAAUCAAAUUUUUCUGCCAGGCAGAUGAAAGUGAAUGUGUACUAUAUUUUCCAUUUAGGGUUUCCAAGCCACUUAAAAAAAUGAUGAAUUGAUGGUUUUUUGAUAACUAUAGGAAGAUUUUUUUUUUUUAUAUAUAUAUAUCCAUAUUUUCUGCUCAAAAUCCAUAAAUAUUCAGAAAACCAUCAUAAUACGACUUUUUGUUUUGAAGAUCAUUCUUAGAUAACAUCUUUAAAAUUUCAAGUGUGCAUCUGUUUUUAUGCAACAAGGGCCAAACGGGUAUGUACAGUGUUAAAUUAAAAUUUUAAAUACAAGCAUUAUAAUCACAGGGGCAAGAUGCUUUGAAUUUGACAGCAUGCAUAUCAAUGCUAUAUAUACAUGGUAGUAUAGUAUAGCAAAUGAUGUGUACUCUUUAUAGGCCAUUAAGUUAUGUAUCUGGCCACUGUGAUUUCAAUAUUGUGAAAUAGAAAGUCCGUACAAGUAUACCAGUAUGCGAAAUAAAAAGUUAAGGGCUACAAGAAUAUGAUGGCAUUUAUCGAAGUCAGGUUACAAUAGUGUGAUUAAAACAGAACUGAUUUAUUGCAUUUAAAAAUUCAUAAUAUGCUGCAUUUCAUAAUUCAAUAUAGUUUUCGGGAUGGCAAAGGCUUUUUUUAUUAUUUCUUUUCUGUAGGUUUAGGGCAAAACUAAACAUUUGUUCAAUCAGAAGUCAUUCAUUUGAUAUUGCAAUUAUGUUAGAUUUCAUUUAGUGCAUUUUAAUGAUUUAUUUGAAGAUGUUAUGAGAGCAAGAUGCUGGUCAUUUAGAGCCUGUUUUGGCUGAAGAGGUUUUGUGUCUUGUGAGUAUCGUGUUCUAUUUGAUGGGACACAGUUUUGUAAGAUGAGCGACAUGAAAUGUGUAAAUAUGUGCAAUUGUAGAAGUACUGGUUUGUAAAUAAAACUAUGACAAUAA